ACGCAAUGCUCGUGGUGAAACUUCGUGACCGCUGGAUUGGAGUGUUUUGGGAAGCUGUGGCCUUCAACUUUUUUCUUGACUUUACUGAUCACAGAACUGGGAUGUUCCUUUGAGAUUGAGGUUGAAUUGCACUCAGUCUGUGAAGCUUUUUUUUUGUUUUUGUUUUUUUAAAAUCAACGUUACAGUCUGACCUGAUGCUGAUGCAAGAGGUCCACAAGGCCAACAGCCUAGAUGAUGACCUGGUGGCUGGAGACUUGGGUGAUGGCAUGACAGUCAGAAGAACUCCCCAUCCUAUCAGGAAAAACAAACAAUGCUCUUCUGCAUCUCAAGGGCUCAUUUUACCCGAUGCAGAUUUGUACAGACGAAAUCAAGCAAGGGAAGCAGCUUGCAUACCUAGAAUGAUGACUGAAGGCUGGGAGAGAAGUUCCAGUUGGAAGAUGUCCCUCACGGGUAAUGCUGGCUCCUUUGCCGAUAUGUCCAAAGAAGACUUAAGAGAGAAAAUACUGGAAUCUAACGAGAUUAUUGAUCUGUUAAGAUGUGAGUUGGAGGUGGCACAUCGUUACCUAGAAGGCAAAUUUGAAGCUCUAAAGAUCCUACAGGGAAAGGCCAUCCUUGAGAAAGCCACGAGUCACACUAAAAGCUUGCUGCAGAAAAGUGAGGAGAAGGCCAAAGCUCUGGAGAAGUCACCAAAUUCUGAUUGUAAUCAAUGGGUAUGUAUGCAUUAUUUGGUCAAGGAAGUGAAUAGCUUGCAGUGGGAGCUCAGUUUCAACCAACAAAAGAUGAAGACAUCUGAACAGUUAUGGGAACAGAGAUACAACAGUGUCAUUACUGAAAAAACGACACUUAAACAGAGACUAAAAGACAAAGAAAAAGAAAAAGAACCACGGUACUUCCAUACAGAAAAUUCGGUGUUUAAUCGACAAUGUUUGGAGUGUUUCUCUUUGCUGAAUAUGAAGGAGCAGAGGAUUUACCAAAGAACGUAUCCUCGAAACGGUCCAGAGAGAGAAACAAGUGUCUCAGAUAUUAGAGACCUGAAUACCUGCAAGUGUAAUGGUUUUCAAGAACCAUGUCCAUGUAACCAGAUGGCUGCUGCUAUAAAAAAUGAAGUUAUGUAUCUGCAACAAGAGUUGGAGUUUCAGCAUUCUAAGAGAAAAGAGGCCUUGAUGGUUGCAGAUGCUUUUCGUAUUGCCUUCGAGCAGCAGCUGAGAAAACGAAAAGAACACUUUAUGCUUCUGGCGGAAGCCAAAGUACCAAAAUCCGAUCACUGCAAACAUGAAGGUUCUAAUUGGUGCCAUUUAAUCAGCAUAAGCCAGAAGUUGAGAGGUUUUCUGCAUUCCAAUAUGGAAGUUAAGAUGCCUGAAGAUCUUCUUGACACGCUUUACAAAUUGCUUGAGUUGCUUAAUGACAAGGAUGAAGCUCUUGCCCACCAGAGGAAAGUGAGCGUCAUGUUAGCUCACAAAGCUGAGGAGAUGCAAAAACAGUUGCAGUCACAUCGCCAAUCACCAGAAACUGUAACAUCUUUAAAGAAACCAUAAGGAACAGCAGGGAACCAGAGACCUCAUCAACAAGCCUAUGCUUCUACAGAUUCAGUCCUACAACCACCUCCACUGUCCAUCAUCUGAAUCCACUUAUAAAAAAUGUCAGAUGCCAACUUCAGAAAACACACGGUCUUGAAUGUGAUCAGAUUUUUGGAUCUAAAUAGGUAAUUUCAGUGACAUGAACAUGUUUGACUCUUGAUGACUUAAAAUUACAAAAUACAUAGAAAUUAUUUUUCUGAUGAGUGUCCAGUGUUUCAUUUGAUAGUCACCAUGCUUAAUCAUAAAACACAGUAUUUAGUAGGGCAAUGAAAGGUUAGUCUCUGUUAAUGGUUGGCAUCAAAAAGGUUAAAAACAAUACAGAAUAUGCAUCAUAAGUGCCACCUGAAGUUUUGUAUAAUAAUUUAAAAAUAUAUUUUGUAUUUAUCUUUGCUAGUGUUUGGCAACCAGUUCAGCGCGCACCCUUCUUUUUGUGUACACCUGGUACUCUGAAAUGUUCACCUAACACCUAAUUAAAUUUAAAAACAUAAG